AUCGACAGCCCCAUCAUCGAACGCAGCAGCAGAUUGGUCCGAGCAAAAGUAAUUGUGAAAAAUUCCAAAGUUGAAAGCAGGAAAAAAUAAACCCAAAGUGCGUGGCCAACAGCGUUGCUCGCGUGCCAACAGUUACAGCAACAGCAUGGCCACCGAGCAGCGUGUUCUUAAGCAGGACGGGUACUUGGAUGUGGGCGACAAUAGCGGAGCACCCGCUCGUCCCUUCGAGAUGCGCAACAUCGUCUACCAUCCGCAAUUGAAUGUGCUGCUGUUGUUCGGCUGCAAUAAUGUUGUGAAGGUUCUGGAUGUCAAUUCUGGAGUUGUAUUGCAGACCUAUAAAUUGAGUACAAAUGGCGAGAGCGUCGUUCAUGGUCGUUACAUGCCCUUGCAAGAUAAAAUCUUGUUCUGGGAUGGCCACAAUGUGGGCUUGCGCGGCGACUACAACGGCGUACUGCUACUGGAUACCAUAUUGCAGGCGCCAAUUGGACAGAACGACGACUACAUUAAGCUGGAGAUCAUAUUGUCCGAGGCGAUCAUCUUUCAGCACUGCAUAAACGAAUUGGAGAGCGAGGGUCUCGAGUGUCCCUGCGACAUAAGCAACGAGCUUACCCAGAAGAUAAACAAAGCUCAACUAAAUGCCAAGAAGGGCAUCAAGGCUCAGCGGUGGAAUACAAUAUGCCUGGAGGUGCCGUAUUCCAGCAUGAAGCUGGUGGCCAACAACGUGGUCAUCCUGCUGAAGCGUCUGGAGCGUCACAUUCCAGUGCUGGCCAUAGCAUCCGCCAUUAACGAGCGCCUCACAGACAUGAUGAUGGGGUCGCGUGUGCCCGAUUUUGGCUGGAAUUUCAGCAACUUUAAACGCGUGCUCAUGCACUCUGAGGCCGUGCGACGCCAGACAUUCGAGAAGUGGCCCCACAUGGACUACAAGUGGGCGCUGCCAGAUCAAAUGGCACAGGCCGGCUUCUACCAUCAGCCGUCGUCCUCUGGCGAGGAUCGUGCCAUGUGCUUUACGUGCAAUGUCUGCCUGGUUUGCUGGGAGAAGACCGACGAGCCGUGGAGCGAGCAUGAGCGUCAUUCGCCCAUCUGUCCGUUUGUCAAGGGCGAGUAUACGCAGAAUGUACCCCUGUCCAUCACGUAUGCCACCAGUCCGGCCCUGUCGGCGCCAGGCCUCGGCUUCGACAUCAUCUCCAACAGCGACUAUGCUAAUGUGCUGUGCACCAGCUGCUCGCAGACGGGCGAGCUGAGCGUCUGGAGCAUCGAGCGCCAUCUGAGGCUAAUGUACAGCUUCCACGUGCCGACCCUGCUCAAGGAUGUGUUCGAGGAGAGCUUCGAGUGGGCCCGCGUGACGGCCAUCUGUGUUCUGCCCAAUGCCCGAGCCCGCACCAAGGUCAACUACGUCUAUUCCGCUGCCAACUAUGGAGGCUCUGGCAGCGGCAGUGGUGGCGGCAGUUCACAUGCUGGUUCCAAUCAGACCAGCGGCAAAUUUGGCAGCGUUAAUGCCCAGCAUAUAACCUCCACAUCAACGCUGCGCGCAGGCGUGGUGGGAUCCAAGAUUGUGCUGGGCGUCAGUGUGCGCCAGAGCAGCGGCGAGGUGGCCCUGCGCAUGGUGGUACUGAAUAUUGUGGAGGUGGAUCGCCAGAGUGAGACAUCGGCCAGCGUGAGCAACGACAGUGGCAGCGUCUCGAGCGUUGGGGGAAAUCUCAAGAAGACCUCGUCACAGAUCGGUACCAGUACCACAUCUUCGAGUGAAGCCAAUGGCGGCGGUUGUGGAAUGGUUACCCAAGUGAAUCUCGAGUCGAAGGACGAUGACAACAAGGCAAUGACGCCGUAUGAGAAAUUUGCCGAUGGCUUUGACAGUAAUGGCUUUGUGUCCGCUUUGAUGACCUACAACAAGAACAACGGUGCCAGCCAGCAUGCGGACGAUGCCUCUGUGUUGUAUGACUUUGAUCUGUGCACGUUGUCGCAGAUAUUGGAUCAUAAUCUGGAGGAUCCGCUGGGCGGUCUAAUGGUCACCUCGAAUACCGUUAAUGUGGGCAGUAUUCCCGCCAUGGGCAACGACAUGGACAAACUUGUCGACGAUGCCGAGAUGACACAUCAGAAUAUUAACAACAACAACAACAAUAAUAAUAAUAAUAACAACAACAACGAUGGAAACUCCUUGGGCGGCAGCACAAACAACAACAAUAACAACAACAAUAAUAACAAUAUAAUGUUAAACGGAAGCAACAGCAGCAGCGACAAGUUGACGGCCAGCGAGGAGAUCGACUGUGUGGUGGAGAGCUGGACCAGCGUGAAGCGUAUGAAUGCCCUGGAUGGGGGGGCAGUAAGCGGCGAGAACGGUGCCAUGCCCAGUGCGGCCCAAGAGAUUGUGGAGAUAGCCGAGAUAAUGCCAUCAACACCGAAAUGCAAUCAGCUGCUGGUUAAAUUGUUGCGCACCAAGGCACCAGAAACGGAGGGCAGUAAGAUCAUCAUGGCCACCGUGGCCAAGGAGGAUGAGGAGGAGCAACAGGAGGCAGAUGAAUGCAUGGAUACGGACAACAAUGCCGAAUGCAGUGUAGCUGCUCAGCUUUUACUCUUCGACUACGAUGACACGCAGAUAUCGCACGACUAUACCCUAGCCAUGACCUUCAGCCGGGCCAAGUGCCCCAAACAGCUGUGCGUUCUGCCCCACUUCAACACCUCGCCGGAACACAAGGAGAUGGGCGCCAUUUGUGUGGUGUGUGCCGAUGGCAGCGUUGAAAUAUACUCGCUAGCCGACUUCCAGACUACCACCGUCAUCGAACAGGAAGGGGAACACUUUGAGUCUGUCGUCUACUGCCGCAACAUGGACAGACUCUGCUGUUGCUCCCGUCAAGGCGGUUUGCUCUUCUACUCGUUAAAUGAGGGCGACAACGAUUCCGGAGAUGAGCUGCUCGAGCUGGAGGAUGAGUGCAGCACAACCCUAACGCAGACAACGCAGGCAGUGGAGCUGAGUGUCACAGACGGCACUGUUCGCACCAUGGCGGUGGGUCACGAGCAGGAUGGCAGGCUGUUGACCGUGAAUGACAGCAUAAGUGUUGAUGUGGGCACUGAGGGCACGGGGGCAUCCACAUCAGGAGCAGCCGCCACACACCAAACGGUUCAGACAUCGCCGUCGGCUCAGUCGAUGGGCUCGAGUAAUGCCAAUUUCCUAGCCUACAAAACCACCGAUCUGACGCUCGAUGACCUAAGAAUGUUCCAUGCCCUUACACAGUUCGAUGACAAGCUGACGCUCUACUCGGCCGAAGUGCCCAGCUGCUGGAAUGAUCUGGGACAAGUGCAAAAGCAGCGCAAGCAAUCGCAGAACAUGCGACAUGGCGGCGAUGAGCGUGACUACACGCGCACUUGGCGCCUGCACAACGAUGCUACCACGUGGGAUGAGCAUAUCAUUGAACUGAAUUUGGCACAGCCAGUAUCCCUGGGUCACAUUGAUCUAAAGUUUACGGUUUACCAGCAAUGCUCCAAUCCGGCCGCCAUACAAGUCACCCUGCUCAAGCAGAAUACCAAUGGCUUUGGCUACCGCAUGAAGGGACCCCAUGCAAGCUACAAGCCGAACGUCAUUGACGACAACAUUGAUCUCUCCUACAUUGCCAAUGAGAAUCCCGUACUCAGCGAGGAAUAUCUACUGGCUCACAAUGCAGAGGUACUGGCCGGUCCCAUCGAGCUAUCGUCCUGCAUUGAUGUGUGCGAUCAAGGGGGCACUGCCACGCUGACCUCACCGAAGCUAUUCAAAACUCGAACACGCAACUUUUUGCUGCACAUCAAGACGGUGACUGAUCCGUCCAAAGAGGGACAGACCAAGACAAGGGCAUCCCCCUCGAGACGGCACAAGCGCCGGCCGCAUCAUAUAGAGGUGUUGGUUAGUCAAGAUAAUUCGAAUAUGCACUCUAAUCCGAAUUUUCCUACCUUCCCGAGUAAUGGGAGUGAAUACUUAGACAAGCAAAAAUCUCAGAAAGUUCAAUCCAAAAAACACAAACUCAAGAAACUCUUUGGAGAUGGCUUUACCCUAGUAAAUUUGGACAUGCCAAAAGAGGUAAAUGUAGGCACUGUCCAGGCUCAACCUCCAAUCAAUAUGUCUCCAAUGCAAACCUUGCCCGAGCCCCUGCCCGCUACAGAUGGUCCGUUUCCUGCUCCGUUAGCUGGGGGACUGAGUAGGGAAGGCUGUGACUGGCUGCAUGAGAUCUCCAUUAGUGUGAGGGCUGUCAAGUCGCAGAGUCGCAUCAACAAUUCAAGGAUGCAGCGCAUUGCCAUGCUGGAGAGCAAUGUCCUUAUAGAGCAGCUGCUACGCAUUGCUAGCGAUUCGGGAUCCACGCCGCUGACCAAAAACUUGGCCCUCGACAUUCUCAAUUGGAUAUGCUUCAUUCGCCUGAAUCGCUUCCGUUCGCCGAAAUCCGAGCGGCUAAAGGAUCAGAUUAACAAGCAGACGGCAGCCAAUAUUCCCGAUCUGCUGGCCCAGCAGUUCGAGUGCAUUUCCCUGGCCGAGAAGCAUAUUGAGCAGUUGAUGCGAAACUGCAUCAUCUACAGCGAGCGUAGCACGGCCCACAAGUGCUCCAAACUGAUAAUAAUGCUUACAGAGGGCGUGACCAAUCUGCCCACGGAGCUGCAACUCUUCACCACGCUGGACUAUGCCAUUAAGGAGGCUAUCACAAACACCUUCCAUGAGCUGCCUCGCGCACAGACCGGGAGUGUUGUGCGCUGGUACACGAUGCUCACGUGCGCCACAUCUACGGCAGAGUCGAACAACAGCAUAUCGGAGCAGGCCAUCAAUUUGCUCAAGGAAAUUGCCGGCGAAAUAGACAAGCGUUGGGAUCCCUGCUGCGCCUUGCUAAGCACACGCUUUGGCCUUUAUGGCUUCCCAUUUGAGCCAGAGAUAUUUGAUUUUGAUUUCCCCAAUCUCAAUCGCCAUGGCGCCAGCUCCUCUGUGGGAUCCCUGACGAAUGUGAUACGCAGCAAUUCGACAAUUCUGCCCGUAACGGCACUGGACAUCAAGCGUUUGAGUUCGAUUGAUGGCGUGGACUUUCGCACGUUUCCCUAUCUGAUACGGGGCAAGAGCAUCAGCAAUCAGCUGCGUGGUCUACUGGAAGUGGUUCAAUUGCAUUUUAAUUGUGUGCAAACAUCGGAGGCCACUCGCAUCGACAACUUCGACAGUGUGGGUGGGACAGCGGCCGCUAGUCUAGUGAUUGAGGAUGUGCUGAUACCCAAGCUGUUGGUGGCCAAGGACAAGAAUGACGAUGUGUUGAACGAUCUGGUCAACGAUGUGGAGUCUAUGGUGAAGCAGGAAGAGCUCGAUUUUGAUUCGUUUGGCUUGGUCAAUGGCUUCAAAGACAAGUCUGUCUCUUCGCUUACCGACCUGGAGCAUGUCCUCAAGGAGGAGGUUAAGAACGAGAAGGUUGACAUUAUGGACAAGGUGAAGCUGUCACAGUUUCUCCACCCUCUCUCCCUGUUCGAUAACUAUAUUCUCAAGAAGCAUCAGCAUGCCGUGGAUGCUUCGAGCAAGCUUGAUAACUGGGAAAUGACUCCGACAUGCAAAGCUCAGUUGGCAUUGGAGACCUUGAAGCCGUUUGGUGGGAUGUUGACUAUUCAGUCAGUGACUCAGGCGGCAGCAGCAGCAGCAGCAGCAGCUGCAGUGACACCAGCAGCAACAGCACCACAGCAGGCAGGAGUCGGAACCGAGGGAGCUGGCGAGAGCACUGUCGUUCUCGAUGAUGCUGCCGAACGCGAAAAGAUUAUGGAAAAUCUAAGCGCAAAUCCGUGCCAGCCGAUCGCCUGGCACAAACUGAUCACUCCACCGCCCAAACAAAUGAUCAUCAUCGAUCGCAUGCACUCUGGAGCAAGGCGGUUUGUGGUGCUGGACUUUGGCCAGCACAUCCUGCUCACAGAUGUAGUGAUACCCUCGUGCGACGAGCUCACGUCCCUGACCAUCGACAUCUGGUGCUUUGACGAGGAGACAGAUUGCACGCGUCUCGUCCAGGUGGCGGAUAUCCAGACGAAGACUUUGGUGCUAAGCGAUAUACAGCCGCCGCCGAUCUGUCGCUUCAUGAAGGUGACGAUCAUUGGGCGCAUCGGGAUGUCGUCCACCAAGUGCAAGGUGCCGUUGGGUCGAUUCUUUGGCCAUCCCGUUGUGCUCGAGCACGACGGCUACGGUGAUCAGUUGAUGCGCUUUAUCAAGCAGCCUACGCAGAAUCUGCAGGCUCAGCUCAAGUCGCUGAAUGCUCUCUACGAGGAUGUGCACUGUCGCUACAGCUUGGCCAGUUCGAAGCUGUUGGAUGUUCUCGCGCCCAUGCGCCACAGCGAGCUCUCCAACGUGGCCCAUCUGCAGGCGUUCAUUAACAAGCAGCGCGACGAGGAGCUUGGUCAUGUGGACAACAGCAAUAAGGUUGUGUCCCUCUACGACGAGUGCAUGCUGCUCCAGUAUCAGAUCAAUGUAAUCAGGAAUGUGGUGCUGCGUCUGGAGCGUGCCGUCAACCCCCAUGUGGUGUGCACACCACCUCCAAGGACGGGUCCGCUCACAGAGGAAACGCUGCGUGCCGCCUCGCAAGACAAACUGCGUGUUCUUAGCCUUACCUUGGUGGAAGUGCUGCUGCACUUCUCCAUCGAGUAUGGCAUCAAGAACAUCCUACCCGUCUAUCAGCGCUUCAAUGCGGCCACAGCCAAGGCUCUUUUCAAUUCGCUGGUGGUCUAUGGCGAUGCCCAGCUGCAGCUGGCCACCUGCUCCCUUCUUGUUGUCAUGUGCUGCUUCCAGCCAUGGUGGGGCGACUUCCUGGCCGACACCUUUUGCAGCCUGUUUUCUGCACAGAACUGCAAAGCCUUUCCCCAGGAUCGCAUAUUCUUUCUGCUGACGUAUCUGGGACGCCGCAGCAUUGCCAUGGGUGCCUGUCGCUCGAUUGUGAUUGAUGCCGUACUCAAGACACUCUUAAAGCUGCUGGCUCCCAUUUCGCCGCACUACAAAUUCCAGUCGGAGCAGCCGAGCACCUCGGCCAGUGCCUCAGAGCGUAGCGCCACCAUGGGCAGCACAUCGGAUCUGCAGCUGAUCACUUGGCUGCUCCUCUUCCUCUCUGUGUGCCUGGACGACAAUGAGCGCAAGGAUAAAUCUGCCGCUCGAUGGGAUUUCAUGAGCUGCGAAAGCGAUUUCACCAAGUCAAGGCCCAGCAAUGUGCCAAAUAGCAAACAGUUGCGCUGCUUUAAGAAGCGCAUCAUCCAACAGAGCAAGUACUCUGUUCAGCCCUACACAGAUUGGGGCAAGAAGAUAUACAUGAUUCAAAAUGAGGUAAUGACAAAUCAUCCUGGCAUAUUUAUGGAGCUAUCCAAUAAAGCCAAGAGCAGUGGAGCCACAAAAACCUCAACAGCAGCCAAUAAGAUCUCCAUGGCUGCGGCAAGCAUGUUUAUGCCGAGUGGCGGUGGCCUGCCAAGUGGCAGCAGCGCCACGAAGACAGCGGCCACUUCCACGUCUUCGCCCAAGCAUGCGGAAGGCGCCGCAGGAGGCUCCACUGGCGGCGAGACUGAGCGGGACAGUAACUUUGACAAGGGCUUAAAGACGUUGCGCAUGGCGAACAUUAAGGUCGUCAUUCGUGGAUUGUUUGCACUGCUGCUGGAGAUGGACUUUGACUGCAAUAUGGAUCAGUUUCUGCUCACAUGCAAGGUGAUUGCUCGCCUUGUGGCCGCUUGCCGUCCCUCAGUACAGCUGUGCAAGAUUGUAACGACUGCGCAGCUGGAGCAGCUCGUUCGGCUGGCCGUGUGGAACGAUCAGCAGCAGCCGUGGGCUGUACAUGCCAUUACAUGUCUGCUGCAGGAUCUCCUCGAUGCGGACAAGCAGUACAGGGAUAGCGAUGUGACGCCCACCAACGAUGCACCGCCACGGUCCAUGCUAGAGCCAGAGGUGCAUGAAGUGCGCGAUCUUUUCAGUGAUUUUACAUCAUCGUCUUCCUCAUGCUCCGAGGCACAGUUCGAGAUGCUAAUGCCGACAGCUCGAGAGUUUUAUCAGGAGGCUGUUAAAUACAACUACUUGCCCUCCUUAAUUGAAUGUGAUGAUGCGGAAUUUGACGAUAUGCUCAAUGACAUUGACAUGAUUGAGCGCACAAAGCCCGUGACAAAGAAGGAGAGCAAUGCCCUCUGCAAGAACACCUUUAACUUUUUCUGCAAGUCCAUUUCGGUGGCAUUGGACUCUCGGCUGGAUGUGGGCUUGGAGCUGCAUGUGGAAACCCAGCUGCGACGCCUCACCAAUCGCACGUCGUUGGAUCUGUACGCCUCCCUGCCACAGGUACUGACCAACGAGUUUGUUUCGCCACCGCCCGAGGCGGCACCCUGGCCAGAGUAUUUGACACAGCUGUGGUCCGGAUCGGACUACAAUGGCCGCAACACCUAUGUGAUGUUCAAGAACGUAUUCGACUCGAUACUGGCCGAUCUGCACUACGAGGACACGUGGGUGCACUUGGAGCAGGUGCUGCAGAUGUGGCUGACGCUCAAUUGCGAGCUGGCCGAGAAGCCCUAUACCACGGGCAUCUCCCAGACGGACGUGCCCAAGAUACCGUUUGGGGCCAAUGCGGUCCAAGGACUGCUACUGGCCCUAGCCUGGCACAAUGACAUCAAGCUGCGCACGUGGUGCUUGGGUUUCCAAUGUCUGCUGCUCGCCUGCAAUUCCCAGCCCAUUGGCGAUGAUGUCGACUGCACGCGCAUCAAUGAGGUGAUUGUGAACGAUGAGAACUUUGAGAAGAUGCUUCUGCGUUUCUUCUCCGGCUACGGCAUGAGCUCAUCCAUAAUCACGAAUCGCUGUGCUGGACCCACCAUCUGCAAGCAUCUGCAUGAGCUUUUGCUCUGGCUGCAUGGCAAGACUGAGAGCAGUGGCAUUCCAUGCAAGCGUCAGCUUAAGGACAUCCUGCUACAUGUUGUGCUGCAACUGGUGCAACCCGGAGGCGCCAUUAGCAACCAGCAGGGACCCAUUGAUGCCCAGAAUCAGCUGGUGCGCGACCUGCUCAUGAUGCCCAACGACAAGGGAGAUCUUAACAUAGCCCUCAAGAUCACCGAAAGUGUUUCUUUCCUGGUCUUCAACAACAUUUCCAAUGGCGAGAAGCUGCAGUGCCAGCGUGGCAACGAGACCAACAAUCCGGGCAACAACUUUAGCAAUCUGUUUGCCAAUGUCCUGGGCUCAGACAAUCCCAUCAAGCAGAAUGCAACGAUCUGCGACAAUUCGCUGAUCAUAAAUCUGCUACGCUUAUCCUCGCAUAUGGUACUCACGGAAAUGCCCAGGCAACCAAGCGAGGUUACCAUUCCGGAGGAAGAAGAGCUGUCGAAUGAAAGCCAGACGGAUGAAACCAAGGCAGAGCAACUGAACACGGAAGGGCAUCGCAGCAAAGUGCCCUGCAUAGCCGAUUGGGUUCUGCGUCAAUUCCCUACGAUGAAGCGACUCUUUGGCACGCUCUCCCAGUGCUCCACGAGUACGUUCACGAUGAUGUCCUCUGGUGGAUUUCUGCUGCUCAAAUCGAACACUGUACUCGAUGAUCCCCAUACCAUUGCCGAUGCCGUCUUCAGCCUGAUGAUAACACUAAGCGACAAGGCCUCAAAUCCACGACUUGUAGUGGCACCCAUUUGCCAAUACCUCGAAGAGACUACCAUUCAGCGGAAUGCAACGCUGCCGCGUCUGCCGCUAUCGGAGCCCUUCCUGUGGUACAUAUCCAAGGUGCUGGAGGUGACAGCAGCCGUACAGACCUUCACACAGCUGGGAGGCAUACACAUUAUCUGCCACAACUUGGUGCGGCUCAAUAAGACGAUAAUCAACAUGCAGCCAGGAUUGAUCUCACUAAUUAUGCAGCACAUGACGCGCAAUACACGCCUCAAGCUGAACACCCACAUGGCCGCCAGCAGUGCUUGCAAGAAGUCCACCACCAGCACGGGCGCCACAUCGGCGCCAGUUACGCAGCAUCCACCGCGAAGCGGUGCCCAGUACGAUGGUCUCAUAAAUUUUGCCCCCUUCUCGCACAUUGUGUCCGAGAAUGACGCGGCCCAAAGUGCCGAGGUGCUCAUAUCAAAUCCCAAUGCGACGCAUAGGCGUCCGCGUUCCCCGGCCUGGAGUUACAUGUUCUACCCGAAUGAGACGCAUGUUGACCUGACCAUCACGCUGCCCACGGCGAUUCUGCUGAAGGAGGUACAGCUGGUGCCGCACACCUCCAAUCUGGCCUCCUGCCCCUCGGCCGUGGCCCUCGAACUGUCGCGAGACUAUGGAGUGGGCUCCAUCCCAAUUGGUGCGCCCAUGGCCACCACGGGACUCACCUGCAUUCGCCUCAAGUUGUCCAAGGCGGAGGUGGCCACCAGCAUCGUGAUCAGACUGUACAAACCCAAGGAUUGUGGCAAUGUGGGUCUGGUGCAGAUUGCCGUGCUCGGCCAGACAAUAUUCGGGAAUCGCAUGCAGGGUCUACGCUCCCAGGGUCCGUACAUGGACUCGCUGACAUCGUGCUCUUCGCCGCUGCAAACGGCUGCCAUGUCAACCAUAGAUGCCGAUGCCAUGCCGGAGGAUGAUGCAUUUGCCAAGACCAGCAUUGGCUGGGUGCGCAUUCUAUCGCGAUGCUUCCAUGUGGCUGCUCUGCAGCCUGAUACCAAGCUGGCCGACCUGAUUGCCGCUUAUCCGGCAGCCUAUCCCGGCUUCCUGGAGGCCUGCUGCUCGCUGCUGAACAUCAUGCCAAUGAUUCCGAGCCUGGCCCAGCAGCAUCUGGAGACCAUAUUGCUCAAGCUGGGCGCCUACAAUCACGAGCUCAGUCUGCAGCUGCUGCGAACGCUGCUGUGGCACACAACGCCCCAGGUCUUUAAGCUUUCCAGCGAUGCUGUCUGCGAUCUCAUCCACGAAGUGGUCACUGGCUCCGCGGAGCAUCUGGUGGACAAGCUGCGCGUGCUCAUCGACUGGAUCAUGCAGUUGCACGACAACUACAGCAAGCAGGCGCGCUGCAAUAACCCUCAGAGUGGCUUCGUCAAGGUCAUUGCCUCGAUCCUGUGGCGGGUGCAGGUUCAGUAUCAGCUGCCAGAGCUCCCGCAGCUUGUGUCCUCGUCGCUGUUUGAGACCUGCUUCGAGUGGGUGUCUGUCCUGGAGCAAGAUGAACCCCUCAAGAGCAGCUUUGAUUCGCUGCUCUGUGCGUUGUGUUUCAUCAAGCCGGAGCUGUUCAAUCAGCUGCUGGUCAAGCUGGGAGUGAAGCUGGAGCCACCGGCUCGUGGUCAGACCGAUGACAGCAAGGUGCAGAGCGGCAGCGCCUGGUUCCGUCGCGAGGGCAGUGAGAAUCUUACGGUUCUCCUCGAACGUCCGACAUUCCUCAAAACUCUGGCUCUUGCCUGCCAGUCCCCGGCGGCUGUCUACCAAAUGCUGGACUCUGGCCUGCCCAAGCUGCUGGCCCACGCCGUCUACGAGUACUGUACUCACCUGCUGGCUGGCUUGGAGCAGCAAGAAGCUCCUCCCACAGCUUCAGUACAAGCUCCAGCUCCAGCUGCAGCUCAGGCAGCGGCACCAACUGAUGGCCAGCAGGGCUCGUCCCUCACCGACUUUGACAAGGCGGAGGCGCCCCCAAGUGCCAACCACAACAACCCCAACACUCCGCUUUUGAACAGCUCGGUUGUGCCCAAAGUGCUGGACUUCUUUGCCGAGUGCUGCGCGGAGGGACCCAUGCGCAACUGGCUGGGCACAAUGCAGGGAUCUGUGUUCUGGAAGCCACUGCUACAGCUCCUGUGCCACACGCACUCUUCGCAGUUCAGCAAGACGCUGCCCAUGCAGCAGUCGUUCAUUCGUUUGGAGCGCUCCACCAUCAACUUCCUGACGCGCGUGAGUGCCUGCCAUCCCGAGAACCAGGAAGUGCUCACCUCUCUGCUCAUCGGCGCCAUCAUCUGCAAGCCGCUGCGGUCUGUGCACGGCACUCGCCCCACCAUUUCCGGCUUCACGCGGCAAUUGGUGUUGCAGCUGCUACUGGAGAACGAGCACAUCACCGUUGCCGUUCGCAGCCAGCAUCCGCUGCAGCGGCGGGACACUCUAUCCACCAUUAUGAGUGGUGGUGGAAGUGGAUCUGGGUCUACGGCUUCGAACUGCGGCACCAGCACCAGCCUGCCGGUGGCGGCAGUCAACAAUCAUCCGGCCAAGCGCAGCAGUGCCCACGACAUGCACUUCAAUGUGACCACCAGCACAACCUGCCAGGAGAUUCUCAUGAAUUGUGUCAGCGUGUAUAGUAACUUAGUGUACAAACCACCUACAGAUCCGCGAGCUGGCGAGCCCACAGGCAGUGGCAGUACCACAGGUGCCGCAGGAGCUGCUGGCAAAUUCAUCAAUCCCAAACAGGACAAGAACUGGGACAAGAAUUGUUAUAUCAACCUGAGCAAUGUGGACCUCAGUAGCCUCGAGUUCCUGAGCGUGGGAGCCGCUGUGGCGGCCAAGGACAAACGCAUCAAGGAUGCCAAGAACCUAUUGGCCGUUAACAAGGACAAGGAAACGCAGACAACCAGCGCGGCUUCCAAUGUAUUCAAUGUUGAGGAGUUUCUGCUGCAAUCGAAUGUGGCCAAGAAAAAUCAGCUGGUCCUUCCGGACUAUCCCAACAUAGUGCUCUCCGGUGAUGCCACAAUAUCCCAGGUGCUGGCCACACUGGAGGCUGCCGGCCACUCGCUGGCCAUACCGUGUCUGACACUGGAUCUGGUGCCGCUGCAGCACGCAGACGAGAACAUCGAUGACAAUAAGACAAAGGCAGCCUGCACAGAGCCGCUGCCAUCUCCACUGCAACGAUUCUCCAGUAGUGGUGGCCUCUCCCUGUUGGCUCACUAUCUGCCCACAGUGUAUCCUGAGCACUCGGGACGCAAGGCGGUAAUGGUGGUCACCGAAAAGGAAAAGAGUCCACCGCUAGCGGACUGGGUGAAGCUGGAGCCAAACGAUGAGAUAUACGAGGAUUUGGAGGACACCAUUUGUGAGCCAGUGGCCAAGCAGACGCCCGUCAGCUCAGUUCCCCAACAUUCGCUGGCCGCCUUUGGACUGUUCCUUCGCUUGCCUGCCUAUUCGGAUGUUCUGCUGAGGGACAAGCUGCGGGCCCAGUGCCUGCUGCGUUUGGUGUUGGGUGUUACAGGCGACGGCGAGGGCAAUGACAUCUACAGCCUCUCGUUAGCGCCCUCGCUGCCCACGCUACCGUUUGAGGUAUUCCGCCAGCUGCUGGACACUGUGCCGUUGUCCACCGAUGAUGGCAUGUUGCUCCGCCGCGUGGUCAUCGAGGUGGGGGCCAUGCAUCUAGUGCUCAAUUGUCUGGGCAUAUUUUCGCAUCAGUCGCACAACAACAGAAUUGGAGCACCGAUCAAUCAGCCCUCACCCAGUGGCAGUGCCAGCGCCAGCGCUAGUGCCACCGCCAGCGCCACCUUAGGUGGAACAAACACCACGACAACCACAACCACAAAUGGAACUUCUUCUGGGGCCAAGACCAGUGCAGCGGAUGAGCCCACUCCCAGUGGCACCUCGGAUGAUAAGAGCCACAUGUAUUGGGCCAAGGGAACCGGCUUCGGCACUGGCUCCACCACUCAAUCGUGGAACGUGGAGCAGGCGCUGCUGCGGCAGAAGAGCGAGGAGGAGCAUGUCACCGUGCUGCUGCUCGUGCUGGCCAGCUACAUCAAUCCGGGCGACUGCAUACCCAGCGACAUGUGCGGCGAGGACAUACUCGCCUAUCACGACGUGCGCGAUGUGACCGGGGAGCUGCCCGCCCUGUUCCAGACCCUGCUGCAGCAGUCGUGUCUGAUUCCUGCCCUGAGUUCGUAUCUGCGCAAUGAUUCCGUGCUGGACAUAACUCGACACAUUCCCCUGUAUCGUGCCAUACUGAAGCUGCUGCGGGCCCUCUCGCUGUCCAAGUCUCUCGUGUCGCUGCUCCAGCCGGCGCCAAGCGCCUGCGGCGAGGGCACACCACCCAUUGCGGAGCUGCUGACGAACAUGAAGACCUGUGUAGACACCUAUGCCAAGCGUUUAAAAGUCAACAAGAAGUCGAACAUCAAGGGCCAGACCCAGCCAUUGACAUUCAACAUUGACGAUGGCGAUGACGAGGGACUGGCGCUGCUUAUACCGGACAUACAGGAGACGAGUGUUCUGGUGCAGAAGACCACCGAUGCCGAUGCUCUCAUCAACAUGCAGAGCACCAACGUGGAUGGCAGCGGCCAGCUGGAACGUCCCCUAAGCAAGUCGAUCGAGCAGCGUUAUCUGGAGCUUAUGAAGAAGCGGCAGUUCGACACGUUUGACAUGAUUGUGGAGUCGGAGAAUAAUAGCUUUCGAUUUGUGGUGUCGCAUCAUUUUGAGAAAAUGGUGCGACUGGCAGGCGAUCGCUAUCAUCCGUCGCGUGUGAAGCGGCUGGCCCAGGAAGCGGUCACACUGUCCACCAGCCUGCCUCUGAGCUAUAGUAGCUCUGUAUUUGUGCGCUGUGAUACGGACAGAUUGGAUGUCAUGAAGGUGCUCAUUACUGGGCCAUCGGACACACCGUACGCCAAUGGAUGCUUCGAGUUCGAUGUAUUCUUUCCGCCAGACUAUCCCAAUCUGCCCAUGCUCAUCAAUUUGGAGACCACCGGGCGACAUUCGGUGCGCUUCAAUCCCAAUCUCUACAACGAUGGCAAAGUGUGUCUGUCUGUGCUGAACACCUGGCAUGGCCGUCCUGAGGAGAAGUGGAAUGCGCAGACCUCCAGUUUCCUGCAGGUGCUCGUCUCCAUCCAGUCGCUGAUCCUAGUCCCAGAGCCGUACUUCAAUGAGCCCGGCUUCGAGCGUAGUCGUGGCACGCCUAGUGGCACCAACUCGUCGCGGGAGUACAAUAGCAACAUAUAUCAGGCCUGCGUACGCUGGGCGAUGCUCGAACAGAUACGCAAUCCGAGUCCCUGCUUCAAAGACGUCAUACACAAACAUUUCUGGAUGAAGCGCGAGGAGGUCUGCACACAGAUUGAGGGUUGGAUUGAGGAGCUUAGUAAGCCGCAGUAUACAGAGCGGGCUAGCCGCACCAUAUCAUUCAACUCUAUGGUUCUGCGUCGACACUAUCGUCAUUUGCGCGAGGAGCUGGCCAAGUUGAAGCCGCCACGCGGUCUGGAAGAUCUGGAUGCACCUUUCAAUCCUGUUGCCACGCUGCCCCCAAUGGAUGUGUCCACGGCGCCAGCAGCCACAGCCACAGCAAACGCCCAGGUGGGAACGGAUGAUCCUAUAGUUCCGGAACUGGAUGUAAUGAAGACCGAUGGGGAGGUUUGCAUAAUAGAUCCAGUAUCUGGCGAAAUCAAGAGCAUCGAGGAAGGGGUUGAAAUUUUGAGUGAUACCGAGAACGAGAGCAGUGUGUGGCAUGCAAAAGAAGAGGAAGAGGAGGAAGGCGACGCCGAUGCCGACGCUGACGGCGAUGUCGAUGGCGAUGACGAUGGCGAGGAAGAGCAAGAGUAAGAGUAAGAUCUGAUAGCUGCCUAAUGGAAAUGAUAGUGAGCCCUAGGUUAUGGCAUUUCCCCUGCAGCUGUGUCCCUCCCACCUCUCAACCUUUUGGCCCUGCCACUGCUCACUGGACACUGGACGACACCUUUAUUUAAACACUAUAAUUUUUGUUUUACGCCAUUAGUUGUUUUAUUUGUAAGAGAGAGACUGCAACAGAACUUGGUGUGCUUUACUUAAAGGAACCGUAAUGAUUAAUGUUAAAAAAGAAAAAAAAAAUACUAUGAUAAUGAUCUUCAAGAAUAAGCAGAUAAACUUGUAUCCACACACAUCGCCACACACUCGUGCACACAUACACAUGCAGAAGAUACGCACUUCCCCUGGCAUAACCAGAUACUUUGAAUCCACUCCACUCCCCUCUGCGGAGAAUAGUGUAUCUACCGCAUACAAUGUACUUUUUAUAAAUGCUUAUACUACAAUACACAAACAGUUCUAUCAAAUUCUAGAAGAAUAUUCAACGGUGUGUUAUAGUAGAAUUUAGAAGGACAGUGCGUGCGACUAGCAUUGGAAUUAUCAGCACCCCGACAGCACACUGCACACAACACACA